CUCGUUGAUCACUUGGGUUCAGUUGUUGACUUCGUUUUUGGGCUGUCCGUGUUUAAGUAUAGUGCGGGUUUCGUUAAUGUGCGGUUUAUAAGUGGCUAUGGCUUCACAGUCCAGACGAGCUGGCCCAGGCGGCCUGUUGGAAACAGGUUCAGCUCGAAUCGAAUACGUCCAAGUUGAUGGACUCGUAGCGAUGAAGAUCGCCCGGCACAGCCACGAGGAAGCUGGCGGCCUUAUGGAUUUCGCUCAGGGAGUCCUACUAGGCAUGGUCGAUGGUCGCGGAGUCGAAGUGACCAACUGUUUCCCCUAUCCGCGACAUGGCGACGAAGAGGAAUACGAGGAGUCUGAGUACCAGAUGGAAAUGCUGCGUCAGAUGCGAGCCGUGAACAUUGACCAUCUUACUGUCGGCUGGUAUCAGGCAUCACCGUUCGGGUCGUUUUUCACUCGCCCACUAUUGGAAUCUCAGUUCAGUUAUCAGGAGAAUAUCGAGGAAUCUAUCUUGCUCGUGUACGAUCCGAUAAAGGCUCAACGCGGUUUCUUCUCAUUGAGGGCGUUCCGUCUCACCGAGGCGGCCUUCGCUCUCUGCCGUGACGGCGAGUACACGUUAGAUUCCUUUAAGAACUGCAAGUGUUCAUAUUCAGAUCUUUUCGAAGAGAUUCCCGUACGAAUCCGAAAUUCACACUUAAUCAACCUUCUGCAGUGCGAAUUGGAAGAGCUGGUUCCGAGUCAUGCGCCUGCCGGCAAACAGUUUCUCGACAUGUCAACAGCAUUUUCGCUUGAGCGCCAACUGCAAGCUACCAUGGAGUGCGUUGACAACCUUAAUCAAGAAACUAACAAGCUGCUAAAUCACCAGCGACAGGUGAUGAGACAGCAGCAACAGAAAACAUUGGCGCUAGCGAAGCGCGCACAGGAGAAUGCCAUGCGAAAGCAGCGGAACGAGCCUCCGCUACCAGACGAUGACAUCCACAAACAAUAUAAGCCCAUCCUUGCGCCAGCCCGUUUGGAUUCCGUUCUUCUCGCUGGACAGGUCGAAGCCCACUGUAACCAGAUGGCUAAGUUCUCCACACAAAAUCUCGCAAAACUAUUCAUGUCAGACGCUCUUCAGAAGAAGGACCAAUAAUAUAAGGCGUUGGCUGCUUUUGAAAUAGAGUCUGCGUGCGACUAAGACUGAUCGAAAUGUGUCGUAUCAGUUUCAAUAUAUAAAAUAAAUAAUUUGCAUAUUCAACCUAUGCAACAUUGGCUGGCAUCAUGACUUUUACACCACUCAACCAUAAUAACAUACAGGUUGACUUCUGCUAUGGUCACGUAUUCAACUGUCCUCUACGGCGGCGCUGAACUAACUAUGAUCUGAUCAAACAUGGUUAAAUUUCAUCUGAUUCUUCAUAUAGAUAGAAAAAUUCAACCAAGUCGUGACUCAAUCCUGUUUUGGCCAUAUCCUGUAUACUUGAAAUAUGGUUCCAUUUGAAGAGAUGUGGACUUUACCAUGGAGUGAAAUCGCUCAAAUCAAUUAUAUCAUUUCCCUUUUACUUAAGUCGUUUAUUUUUGUACUUGCCUAUACAGUCGCUGAAGAAAGCUAUUCAUGUGUCAUAUUGCGUGCAACUUCAUAAACCACAUUGUCAUACACAUAUCUACAUAUAGAUUUAGCGUUUGUAUAGGCAUAGUGGGAUAAAUUUUACGAACCUUAUAUCUGAAAUAGGGAAUUAAACUACUAAAUUAUUGUUUCGAGUAAUUGACCAAUAGUAAAGUUACCUUGAUUCCUUUCUUGGCCGUCAGAUUGAAAUGAAUACCAUCGCUAUAUAUAUAUAUAUAUAUAUAAUGAGAGCUACGUUGAAUACGAUUCCAUACCGUUAUA